UUGGUUUGAAGAUUGUGAUUAUUGUCAUUGUUUGUGUGUUAUUUGUACCAAUAGUCAUUUUUACAAUUACCUGCUUGGCUAUUCGGAAAAUUCGGAACAGGGACAAGGAGCUACCACAUUCACAAAGACUGAGAAGAGACUCGAUUGGGUCUGGGAAGUCCUGGACAAAUCGGACAAACCCCAAACUUAUGGGUUCCUAUAGAAGCCGCCUAAGUGGACGAUCUGUCACGUCUGACAGUUAUUUUCCAGACUACUCGAAAAAUUCACAUGGAUACAAGUGUUAAAAUAUUGUUAACUCAUUAUUUCCCGAAAAGAAAAAAGUGUGACGGUUAAAUAAGAAAUUACGAAUUUACAUAACUUUAUCCCACUCAUGAUUACACAAGAGAAAUUUAGAAACAAGGGUGUUAAAUUCAUAGAUAAAUAUGUUUGGUGCAUUUGUGGUGAAGCUAUAUAUUCAUUUAUCAAUGACCAUAUAACUCUGUCGAUGAAAACAAUGUUUUAUGUAUGAUAUAUGACGUUUCAUUGGUAGUUUGCAAACAUACUGCGCUAGUUUUUGAAUUAAUCAGUAUCUUGAAUACAGCCUGUUUCUACUUGUAUGUUCCAGAACUCUACAUGACUUAUUCACUGUGUUUGUAAUAUUGAACAAAUGUGUUCUAUUUAUAGGUUAAAUUGAAUGUAAGAAAAUUCUUCUUGCACCUGUCAAUAAUGAGCAUAUUCAAGAAUUUUCUGGAUCCUCUUUUGUGUAAAUUGAUACUUUGGCAUUUUCAUUUAGGAUUUCUUAGGGUAAAUCUUCGUUUUAGAUUAAAAAGCUUUUAGAACAUAACAUUUUGAAAUGAUUUGUUCGUCUGUUAUUAUAACCAAAACCUUUGGAAUAUUUUUUGUGAACCGUUAAAAAAUCAUCAUGCUUUAAUCAUUCCGGAAUUAUUAUAUAUUAAUUUAUGACUGUACAAAAUUAUUUAAAAUUCGGGUACUGUUAACAUUUGUUAAUUAUUAUUUUUGUAAUUUGUUUUAAGAAUAAAUUCCGCU